UCCAUAAAUUCACCAAAUUCUUCUGCUUCGCAAGGCACGCAAAAAGUACCUAUAGUUAAAAGCACAUACACACAUCUUGUAUCGCCAUCAUUGAUACAUAUUUGCGAUUAAUUUCAUCAAUCGAUUAAUCAUAAUAUUUUAUUAAUUCUUUCCAAUCGUAAGAUCUAAUCGAUCGUAUAAAUUAAAUAUUGUAACCGAUGAAUACGCAUGUCUGCUAUACACAUUUUAAUGAAUGAAGAGGGUCAAUGUAUGCAAAAUCAUUUAUUUAUAAUUAUUUGAUGGGUAAAUAAUGAAAGUGUUUGUUUUUAUCGACACUAGAUAUGUACUUGCGUUUAGAUGCGUGAAUUAUUUGGCGCUGCGAAGCAAUCAUGGAAUACUACAGCAUGAAAGAAAUCUGCUUUCGACUGACAACUUUCAGGCAGUGAAACGGAGUUGAUAACUAUUUUGACAUUGGGUGCGUGGUGUGUGAAAUUUCAUUUCGCACCAUAGAAUACCAUGGAGUAGAUUGGAAUACUAUUUAACAAUUGUUAUUGUAUUCGACAAUCUUCUCGUUUUCUAACCAAUUUAUAUUGAAGUCCUAAUAGAAUUAAUCAAGAGCAAUAUAAUAAUUGUUAUUUAUAAUAAAAGAAGUUUUAUAUUUGUCAACUGUGAAAUCAUGUUGAAACCAAAAGCUCUCACACAAGUACUUAGCCAAGCAAAUACAGGUGGAGUAGAAAAUACGUUCUUGUUGAACAGAGAUGGUGGUUUAUUAGCUUAUAGUGGAUAUGGGGAUAAAGAUGCAAGGGUAACAGCUGCAAUUACAAGUAAUAUUUGGUCAGCUUAUGAAAAAAAUGGACGAAAUGCAUUUAAGGAAGAUGAAUUGCAAUUUGUACUAAUGGAUUGUGUGGAGGGGAAAGUUGUAAUCACUGAAGUAGCAAACUUGUUGUUAUGUUUGUAUGCAAAAGAAAAUGUAGGAUUUGGUUUACUAAGAGAAAAGGCACAAGCCCUAGCAAGAUAUCUUGAUCAACCAUUGAAAACAAUAGCCAAUAUGCCUUGAAUAUCAUACCUACGUAAGAACAUCUUGCAUCAACUGUGUCAUAAUGAUAAUUGUAUAUUCUAACACUUAUAAUUUUUUGUAAAAAUUUAUGAUUUGUACUACCCUUGAAAUAAUAUAUUUUUAAUAAAUCAGA